CCUGCUCUCUCUCACUUUCUCACUAUCCCCCCUCUUUUUCUCCCUCUCUCUCUCUAGAUCUCUCUGUAUUCUGCAUUCGCCGAGCUCUUUCACAAUGUGCUUAUAGAACAUUGCUGUGUUCUCUUUCUCUCUCUCUCUCUCUCUCUCUCUCUGUGAGGCAGGCAGGGCAGCAGAGCGGUGAACUCAGUGUGUUCUCACAUCUGUAUUGGGCAGGCUGGUGAGUGUGUGAGAGAGCACUGAGCAGGGAUGAGCACCAGGCAGUGAGGAAGAGGACGACAGAGGAGUAAAAAAGGAGUGAAGCUGGAAUCGGAUGCUGUGGUGAACGAGAGCUGGCAUACCUCUCUCUCUCCCUCCAUCUCACUUUCUCAGUCUGUCUCCCCCACUCCCAUGCUGUUGUGAUAGACAGCACGGCACUCUCGGCUCGGCUGCAUGGAGGCACAGGGAGGGGCAGGGAGCCCAGAGCCCAAUAAAGACAUCCAGAAGUUGCUGAAGACUUCCAGCUCAGGGGACCUUUCCAAGGAGUUGUACCAUCACCCAGUGGGGGAAGAGGAGGGAGGGCUUCCAGGACACACCGCUGGCCUGCUGCACGUCACCGAGAGGAGACGUGAGUACCGGGAGCCUCUGAGCAGUGUGUCCUCCCUGGAGGUGCACUUUGACCUCCUGGACCUGACAGAGCUAACCGACAUGUCUGACCAGGAGCUGGCUGAGGUGUUCGCUGACUCUGAUGAGGAGAACCACAACGAGUCCCCAGCAGUGUUCUCCGGGAGAGCCCAGGCUCUGACAGUCACACCCUGUGAUGACACAGGAGGACAGAGGGAGGAUACUGCAGCUCUUACACUGAGGCCACCAACAGCCACCCCUGCCCAGAGGAGGUUACAUGCGCUCCCCCUCGUGGACCCGUUGCAGCAAGUCUGAGCCCCGCAGGGAGAGGAAGCACCACAGCGACUCCGACACCACCGCAGAGCCCUUAAUGAAGCUGGAGAGGCCUAAGCAGCCCUGAGAGCCUGUGGGUCUGGAGGAGAGGCCCAGGGCCCGGAAAGAGAGAGGCCCAGAGCGGAAACACCGAGAGCGGACACAGAGACCACACCAACUGACCCAACCCCUGCGCCGGGCACUGAGACAACCAUGGUGCUAAAGACACUAUAGACAGACUGAGCUCUCGACGCUGUGCACUGUAUUAUAAACUUAACAUGAAACGAUGUCUGUGAGUGAAACACACACAAAAUCACACACACGUACACACAUACUAUUAUUGUGUUUUCCAUGCAAGGGGUUCCACUGGCACAAAACACUGGAGGGCCAGUGUGCAUUUUGAGGCUUUGUUUGGGGUGAACAACAGGGUAUAAGGCUGUCCCAGUGUGGGGAGAAUGCUUGGUCAAAAGCCUCCCCAUCCCUGCAGCAUCUUAGGGGUGGGAGAGUAGGUUUGGAGAGGUGGGACGGACCCUGAAAUCUGUGACAACCUCGGCUACAAAAUAUCAUGUGGCAAAGUUAACGAGAAUACCCACUCCAGUCAAAUAAAUUACUGGAAUAUGGAUGUCAUUAUGCGAUAGUACAGCAGGCAAUCUGGAAGUCUUCUUUGUAAUUAGAAUAAGAGUCCAACCUGAAUCUAUUGCACAAUGUUCUUCCUUAAAGUGCCAGGGCCAUCUGCUCUCUCUGAAUUACUUUCUGCAGGCUUUCUGUAGGUUGUAACUAACAGGAGGCAAUGGGUAGCGUUUCAGUGGGGCCACUCUCCAUCGCUCUCUUUUCUUUCCAUCCUCUCUCUCUCUUCUUCUACCUCUCUCUACCUGAGAGGAAACCGGUGUGGCCACAGUAAACUAAAUGUAUUUGCAGAUAUGAUAUGAGAUACGACAGCAGCCCUUCUCACCAACAUUACAUUCAACACUGUGGAUCUUGUCCUUUGCCAAACCAAGAGAUGUGGGGAUGGGUGGUGAAAAAAAUAAAGAAUUUCAUGCAAACAAA